AACAGGAAAAAACACGGCUUCACGACUCUUGAGUAUCCAAUAUUUUUGACCCAAUCGUUAAAUCUACUAAGAUUACGAGAUAUUAACCGGGUGCCAGCGUCAGCACCCGAAAAUGACAGCGCAAUAGUAUAGAUUUUCUAUCCACAUAUCAAAAGUAGUCUCCUUCACUUUUAAGUCUUAGCUACAAAGAUUCUUUCUUGAGUGAUUUGUUUUCAAGCUGCUUGACCUGCACCAGCAUUGUCAUCGAUCAGAACCACCGGCAGCAAAGAUGUAUGCGGAGGCUUUAGGCUGUUUCUUUUCGUGCAGAGAGACCUCUUCGGCAAUGGCCACUCCCAGCUGGAUCUCAAAAGCAGCUUUAAUCGGACCCAAUUUCGUUAUCAGUACAAGUAUGAAAGCUGGAAGAGCUUUCCCCGUUUGCCGCUGCAGCUUGGACUCCAAGUCAGUCGACGGCGAUGUUUUCUCGGUGACGCCGUCGCACAAGUAUGACGUGGACUAUCUUGGACAGAGCACUAAAGGGGAUUUGAACGUCAAGUUCGAGCAUCUUGAGGCUUUUGGAAGUGAUGGCCAUGCCACGUUGGAAGGUCCAAUCGAGGAAGUUGCCAGAACAGAGGCUAAAGAAGCGGAAGGAUUGCUGAGAGACUUGGGUAUUCCGAGCCCUUCAUCAUCUAGAAGUUCAGCUCGUGGAAUAUUUUGUAGCCGCACAUUGAAUCUACGGUCAAUUAGUGCCAUUGGAUAUGAUAUGGACUACACCUUGAUGCAUUAUAAUGUCAUGGCCUGGGAAGGACGGGCUUAUGAUUACUGUAUGGAAAACCUUAAGAAUAUGGGUUUCCCUGUUGAUGGACUUGCAUUUGAUCCGGACCUGGUUAUUAGAGGUCUUGUAAUUGACAAGGAGAAAGGUAACCUGGUUAAGGCUGAUCGAUUUGGUUACAUUAAGAGAGCUAUGCACGGGACCAAAAUGUUAUCUAAUAGAGCCUUGAGUGAGAUGUAUGGGAGAGAACUGGUGGACCUGAAGCAGAACCGAUGGGAGUUUCUCAAUACAUUUUUCUCUGUCUCUGAAGCUGUGGCCUACCUGCAGAUGGUUGACAGAUUGGAUGGUGGGGUUAUUUCACCAGAUCUUGGUCCACUUGAUUAUAAAGGUCUUUACAAGGCUGUUGGAAAAGCUCUGUUCAGGGCACACGUAGAAGGUCGUCUCAAGAGUGAAAUUAUGUCUAAGCCUGAACAGUUUGUGGAGCCUGAUCCUGAAUUACCUUUGGCACUUUUGGAUCAGAAGGAGGCUGGGAAAAAGCUUCUGCUUAUAACCAACUCAGACUAUCUUUAUACAGACAAAAUGAUGCGGCAUUCCUUUAAUAGAUUCCUUCCCAAUGAUAUGGGUUGGCGAGACCUAUUUGACAUUGUAAUUGUCUCGGCAAGGAAACCAGAAUUCUUUCAAAUGUCACACCCCAUGUAUGAAGUGGUGACUGGCGAGGGUCUUAUGCGUCCAUGCUUUAAGGCAAAAACUGGGGGUUUAUACUCAGGGGGAAGUGCACAGAUGGUUGAAAAUUCUUUAGAUAUCCAUGGCGAUGAGAUAUUGUAUGUUGGUGACCACAUUUACACGGAUGUUAGUCAAUCCAAAGUCCAUUUACGUUGGAGAACAGCGUUAAUUUGUCGAGAGCUGGAAGAAGAGUAUAGUGCACUGAUUCAAAGCCAGAGUCAUCGAACUAGGUUGGUGGAGCUUAUAAAUCAGAAGGAGAUUGUAGGGGAUCUCUUUAACCAACUUCGGCUAGCUCUGCAAAGGCGAGAUCAUUCGCGUCCUGCUCAAACACUUGCUGCAACUGGUUUGGAUGAUGAAGACCUCACUGAAAGCAUGCAAAAAUUACUUAUUGUUAUGCAAAGAUUGGAUGAUAAAAUUGCUCCAAUGCUGGAGGCAGAUGGGGAGCUCUUCAAUAUAAGGUGGGGCUUCCUGUCACGUGCCGGUCUGUGGGACAAAAGCCAUUUGAUGAGACAAAUUGAGAAAUAUGCUGAUAUAUAUACAUCUAGGGUGUCAAACUUUCUAAACUACACACCGUUCAUGUAUUUCCGCUCGCAAGAGCAGAACCUUGCUCAUGAUUCCUACUCAAACUACUGCUCACAUUUUAAUGGGUCGUCUUCAUGAGAGAGAGAAUGCAAGUGAAGAGAAAGGAAAAUAGUAAAUAAAAGUCUGCUUUUGACAAAAGCAGCAGAUGUUUACUGUGACUGUAUGAUAUGCUGUCAUGAUGAUGAUAAUGAUGAUAUCUUAAAAGUUUUUUUCGGAGAAUUGAUAUCAUGUUUAGUGAGGACACCGACAAUGAUUCACGCCACUAGGGUCCCUUGACUUGAAUUAGCGAUGUCACAAUCUGAAGCUUGAAGAAAAAGAACACAAUGAAACAGCCACAAAAUGUGUAUCAGGUUUACAGAACAUUUAUGGGCUUCUGUUGAUCAAACUUGUACCUUCAUCUGUGUCCAAAUGAAUUUUAUUUCCGCCAAUCCUUCCUUCUACGUAGUCUUCAGUAGUGCUAGUGAACUGACAGUAUAAUGGGCCAGUUUUAUUGAAUAUAUGCUAUCUAUUUGAUUAAA